CAUGCAUAGAGCUUUAUUGUGUAUUGCCUAACUAGAGUAGUGUAUCAUAAUGCCUGGACCAGCAACGCUUCGGUUCAUUAACGCCUCCUUCAACACCACCAGCAUUCUACACUUACACUGUUAUGUCAUGUUGCAGAGCUCAGAGGUCCCCAACAGCUCAUGGUGUGAGCUUGAAGGGCUCAAGCGCAGUGUUGGCCUGCUGAGGGGAAACGACCUGCAUUUGGCAACGCUGAUCACGGACCGACAUCGCCAGGUUGCCAAAUGGGUGAGAGAGGAGCUGAUCCCUGAAGGGACACAGCAUUAUUUUGACGUGUGGCACAUUGCCAAAAGUCUGGGGAAGGCAUUGGAUGCAGCAUCCAAAGAGUGUGACCAACUACAGUUGUGGAGGCCAGCUAUAGUGAAUCACCUCUAUUGGACUGCAGCCUCAACCCCAGAUGGCAACCCAGCGGUCAUGGAGGCCAAAUGGAGAAGUUUAGUGAACCACAUCCAGGACAUCCAUGACCAUGACACCCCUGCCUUCUCCAGUUGUGCCCAUGGCCCUCUAGACGGAGAUCAGCGCAACAAAGAGUGGCUGGACCCAGGCUCAUUGGCAGCAGUCAAGUUGGAGAACAUAAUGAUGAGGGCUGCCUUGCUGAAAGAUGUCCGUCAGCUGUCUCCACAGCACCAGACCUUCUCCCUUGAGGCUUACCACUCCCUCAUCUUGCACUUCGCGCCCAAGCACACAGGGUUUUCAUACCUUGGGAUGUAUAGCAGGCUUCUCUUAGCGGCGCUGCAUUAUAAUCACAAUGCCAAUCGCGAGACAGCACGGAGAAGUGACGGGACGGAGAAGUACUGCGUGCGGUAUCCGCGCUUCAGAAAAGGUGCCCAUGUGGUGCGUCCCAUCAAAGAGGCAGCCUCAUACGGUUAUGCAACAUCAUUAAUGAAGGCCCUUCGGGAGAGCUACGCCAAUUCACCCGCGGUUCUUCGAGAAGUUGGCGCCAAUUUGUCCUCCGAUGCACCCGCCCCCAUCGCCAAAUCCUUCGAACAGAUUCCUAAGGAGGAGGCCAUCAGCCUCUACCUAGCCCGGCAGUCACGCUUCAAGAAAACCUAAUUUCACAUUAUUAUUUUUUUCCACGGACAAGUCCAAUGAUUUAGUUGUUAUUAUUUGCAUGAAAUUUCUUUGUAUAUAAUUCAAAAUAAUUUGGUAAUCAUUUUACCUGUGCCUUGUCAACCUCUGUGUGCGGUGUUGUCUGGGCUCACUGUGUCUGCUUGAUGUGCUUUUGCAUGUAUCACUGCAUGUAUGCAUGCAUGAAAUAGUGUGCAUGUGUGUGUGUGUGUGUGUGUGUGUGUGUGUGUGUGAGAGAAAGAGAACCAUCAACUGACCCUCGGGUAUGACUACACUAUUGCAGAAUUAAUUAGAAUUAGAAUUAAACAUUGCGGGUCUAGCCCUUCAUCAGUGUUCCUUGUAUGUUUUGUGCCUAACCAUUUUUUUAUAUAGAUUUAAUUCCAACCUGUGUCUUUGUUCAGUAACCAUUACAAGCAAUGCCAAUCAACUUUUUUUUAUCCAAAAUGCAUGUGUUCUGUGUACUUUAUAACAUUUUAAGGGCAAUUGAAUGAUCACAACAGAAUAAGCAUAACUAUUAUUUUUAUUCAUUUUCAUCCAAACAAGGCCAUUGAAAGCCCUGAUACGUCUGGUCAUCAUUCUGGAAUUGCUGUCUGAUGGUUGAAACCACACAAGAGGGUAGAGGCUUCCUUAUACUCCUCCCUAAAACGCCAUAAGCCCAGCGUAUAGCUUGCCUGUACGCAGUGUACCGGUAUUGCCUAGGGAUAAGUAGGAACGAUUCUUAAGUUUAAAACUCUAAGUAGGUUGGAAACGUCAUUUUAAGCCUGUUUCUUAUGCAUGUUUAUUGUGUAUGCAACACAUCUCCUGUCACCUAUAACUUGGUUCAAAUGACUCAGUGUAAAAAGAUUUGUAAAGUAAACAUAAACCAUGAACAUACUCGUGCGUGCUGGCUUGAAGGGGACCAUGAUCCUGCCUGAAGUGUGUGUAUGCUAUUUUUAGCACAAACGGAUUCAGGCAGCAUGCCUCAAAUCCAGGAUGCUGCGUUAGGCACGUUAUAUCUGCUGGCCGCGGGGUGAGCUCCUCGACCAGCGACCAAAACGCGCUCACCUCCCUACAACACAAGCUCUCCACCACAGUUUCCAUGGGACGACACCGCCCACACAGACACCUGCCAAACACAGCGACACAGACACGCUUACUGCUCUCUCCCGGUAAGCGGUACCCUGACAGUUUCAAUGACAAUCAAUCACGAGGAAAACGAGUUAGCACUAUCAAAAAUAAUCACACUGAAGACAUAACCAGCCUACUCGGCGUCGGCUACGUUUGCAAACAACAUUUUCACCGGAGAAAGGUAAAAGCUUAGAAUAAACACUAGGGGUUCACAGGUGGGACUGUCAAGCUAGCCCAUAUUUAGAAGAAAUAGAAGGCAUAAUAUGCCUUCUAUUUCUGGAUCUUCUGACUAAGUUUAGGGUACUUAUCUGAGCCAAUGACAUAAUCACUGUCACUAGAUAUAAAGAAAACGUUGACUUUCAUUCGAUGCUAUUCACUGA